AUGGGGGAGAAAGUUUCUGAGGCACCGGAGUCGGUGCCCUGCAGCUGCAGCAGCCACGGCGCCCGGACUCCCGCUCCCGCGGCGGCCGCAGCGUCCUCGCCGGGCGUCUCCUCGGGCUCAGAAACUCUGUCGGAGGAAGGGGAGCCCGGCGGCUUCUCCCGCGAGCAGCCGCAGCCGCCGCCGCCGCCGCCGGGCGGCGCCCUGGGAGCCGGGCCGCCCGCCAUGUGGGCUCCGGCGCGCGGCGGCCCGGAGCGCGGAGCCCCUGUGCCGCUGCCUCUGCCCUUGGGAGGAACCGCGCCGCCGGCGCCCCGGGACAGCAGCGCAUCCCAGGAGGAGCAGGACGAGGAGCUUGAUCACAUAUUAUCCCCUCCGCCCAUGCCAUUUCGGAAAUGCAGCAACCCAGAUGUGGCUUCUGGCCCUGGCAAGUCACUGAAGUUUAAAAGACAGCUGAGUGAGGAUGGAAGACAGCUACGGCGAGGGAGCCUGGGAGGAGCCCUAACUGGGAGGUACCUCCUUUCAAACCCCGUGGCUGGGCAGGCCUGGCCAGCCUCGACGGAGACAUCCAACCUCGUGCGUAUGCGCAGCCAGGCCCUGGGCCAGUCGGCGCCCUUGCUAACGGCCAACCUGGUGAGUGACUAUGGGCUCGGCCAGGCCCUGGCACCCUGGAUGAAGUUUGCGGAGGGUUGA